AUGAGCUGCCCCAUUGCGCCGAGCUUGCUUCAGUUGUCGGCACAAAGCAGCAGCACGCAGGCGCAUGGUUCUAAUGGCUACGAGGCGCCGGCUCCGCUGCUGCAGUUUCUUCUGAGCCCGGUGGCAGGCACCUCCUUCGGCUCGGAGCCGGCGGCCCUGGCGCUGAGCUUCUGCCUGGUGCUGGCGGGGGGCACGCUGCAUGGCGUGGCCAUGGCUUUGCGGAAGCUUUUUGGCGAAGGACACAACGAGUACUGGCGGCAGCCCCGCUGGUGGCUGGGCGUCCUGUGCGACGGUGUGGCGGGGCUGAUGAUUUGGCCAGCCAUGCCCAUCCUUGCGGCACAGGUGCUGAUGCCCUUGGCCACGGUGGUUCAGCUGGUGGUGGCUUACACCUUGGGCCUCUUCUUCUUCCAGGAGCAGGUGUCCAGCUGGAAUCACCUGGGCGUUCUGUUGGCCAUGGUGGGCGUGGUGGGCGUCAGCGUCAGCAGCCCCUGGCGCGCUGCGGAUCCGCGCAGCAUCUGUGUAGACCAAUGGCUGCAGCCGCACUUCAUGGGUGCGAAGCCCCAGAGAGGGGGCGGGGAGGGCGAAGGCCUGGCGCUCCCGGAAGUCGACGAGUACUUCGCCACGUAUGCCGAAGAUAAGUCGCUGGCAGUCUGCGUCUUCUGCCGCUUUGGCAGGCGUGCUUCCUGCCUGGCGGCCUUGGCACUGGCAUACAUCAACAAGUGUCGCGUGUGGCUGCCGGACGUGGAUGGGUUUGAUGGCGGACAAGCGCGCUACGUCGACGCUGACUGUCUGGCGACGCCAGUUGAGCGUGCCUGCAGGGCGCGCACCGCUGACCUGACUGCCUCGCGCGCAAUGCAGAAGGUGUUUGCUGACCUGCAGCGCCUGGCGCCUUCACUGGCAUACCUUUGCCACCGGCUGAACAUCGACGAUGAUGCGAUGGCGGCAGCUUGGCAAGGCUUUGGUGAGCUUGCUUGA